UUCUAUAUAUAUCUCACGCUACCCUUCACUCUAAAAUCACACAAACAAUUGUACAUUUUUGUGCAGAGGAAGAAAAAGAAGAAGAAGAUGAUGGACCUUGGGACAUACGGCAAUUCCACGCCCAUGGCUGAGAAGGGUGUCACGGGCGGCUACGAUGUGCCUGAAGGAGUGGACAUCAGGGGGCGCUAUGAUGAGGAGUUUGCGAAGAUCCUGACCGUGGAUGCUCUGCAGUUUGUGGUGGAUUUGCAGAGGGAGUUUCGAAACCAUGUGAAGUAUGCGUUGGAGUGUCGCAGGGAAGCUAAGAGGAGGCACAAUGAGGGUGCAGUGCCGGGGUUUGAUCCUGCCACAAGGUGCGUGAGGGAAGGGGAAUGGACGUGUGCGCCUGUCCCGCCGUCUGUUGUUGAUCGGAGGGUGGAGAUUACGGGACCUGUGGAGAGGAAGAUGAUCAUCAAUGCCCUCAACUCUGGUGCUAAAGUUUUCAUGGCUGAUUUUGAAGAUGCACUGUCACCAAGUUGGGAGAAUCUCAUGAGAGGCCAAGUAAACUUGAAGGAUGCUGUGGAUGGGACUAUAAGCUUCCAUGACAAGGCCAGGAACAGGGUCUACAAGCUGAAUGAUCAGACCGCCAAGCUUUUUGUCCGCCCGAGAGGCUGGCACCUACCGGAGGCACACAUUCUCAUUGAUGGCGAGCCUGCAACCGGUUGCCUUGUGGACUUUGGCCUCUACUUUUACCACAGCUAUGCAGCAUUCCGCCGGACCCAAGGUGCUGGGUUUGGGCCUUUCUUCUAUCUCCCUAAAAUGGAGCACUCAAGGGAAGCAAAAAUAUGGAACAGCGUGUUUGAGAGGGCAGAGAAGAUGGCAGGGAUAGAAAGAGGAAGCAUCAGGGGCACUGUUCUAAUUGAAACACUUCCGGCUGUCUUUCAAAUGGAUGAAAUCCUGUAUGAGCUGAGGGAUCACUCUGUGGGUUUGAACUGUGGAAGAUGGGAUUACAUCUUCAGCUAUGUCAAGACUUUCCAGGCUCAUCCGGAUCGCCUGCUACCAGACAGGGUUCUAGUUGGCAUGACUCAGCACUUCAUGAAGAGCUAUUCUGAGCUCCUCAUUAGGACCUGCCACAGGCGUCGUGCGCAUGCCAUGGGCGGCAUGGCAGCACAAAUUCCUAUUAGAAAUGAUGCAGCAGCAAAUGAGGCAGCAUUGGAUCUGGUGAAAAAGGACAAGCUAAGAGAAGUGAAGGCAGGGCAUGAUGGAACCUGGGCAGCCCACCCUGGACUGAUCCCAGUCUGCAUGGAAGUCUUUACCAACAACAUGGGAAAUGCACCGAACCAGAUUCAAACAAUGAAGCGUGAAGACGCGGCCGCACUGACUGAAGACGACCUCUUGCAAAGGCCUAGAGGAGUGCGCAGCAUGGAAGGUCUCCGGCUCAAUACCCGGGUUGGAAUCCAGUAUUUGGCGGCAUGGCUUACCGGAUCAGGUUCGGUGCCUCUUUACAACCUCAUGGAAGAUGCUGCAACUGCUGAGAUUAGCAGGGUUCAGAACUGGCAAUGGUUGAAAUAUGGAGUGGAAUUGGAUGGAGAUGGGCUUGGGGUGAAGGUGACCAAGGAACUCUUUGGGAGAGUGGUGGAAGAAGAGAUGGCUAGGAUUGAAGGAGAGGUUGGUAAAGAGAAGUUUAAGAAGGGAAUGUACAAGGAGGCUUGCAAGAUAUUCACCAGGCAGUGCACAGCCCCAACACUGGAUGAUUUUCUUACUCUAGAUGCUUAUAAUCACAUUGUGAUACAUCACCCCAAAAGAUCAUCCAGGCUCUGAACCGGUUCACUCAAAUCUCCUUUCGUUGUUUGAUAUGGUGUUUGUCCUGCCUUGCUACUACUAAAUAAUAAUUCCUUCCCAUUUCCAUA